GAGGAAAAGAGAAAAAAGCUUUGUGUGUGUGUAGUCACUGUCUCGACUGAGGCAUCUGGAGAACCAAGACACGCGGAUCGUUAAGUACUUGACGACACUGUGCAAUGCGGCACAGCAAUAGUGCAAAGCAGAUCAACUCCAUCGCGAGACCCUCGGACCGCAGACCGGUGGCUAGGGUCGUCUACUCCCAUGAAACGCCGUCUAGUUUCUAUAAUCGCCAUCGCGGCUCAGUCACACCCGUUCCGGACCCACGCCUCAUCCAUGAAACGGGACGACCUGCCCAUCCUACAUAGGCGCCAACGAAGGAGCGUCGAGCCGAUCAGGCCAGGUCCUCUGAGUGGCCGGGUGGGCCGUCAAAACGGUCCAGAGGGCCCGGCUGGAUAUGCCGUAACAGAAGGCGUACCUGCAGAUCUGCUGUUUUUAGUGAGGCGCGGACGGGCGCCUAUGUGUGUGCGCACGCCGCCGGGGGCUCCGCGAACUCAUGUUCGGCGGCUAGUCGAGUCCUGGCCAGCGGCUACCGCACGGGGUCUGCAAAUCAUAUCAGCGCGGGAGGCCCCAGUGCGGUCCGCGGUGGAGACGACGAGGGGCAACGGUGAGGGGUGGGUUGUGAAGGAAGAACCUAGAGACGAGGCAACUGCCGACGCCGCCGUCGUGGUAGGGCUGAGGCUCGCGCGCGGAGAGGCGGACCGCGCCGCACUCGGCGGCCACUGACGAGCCGCGUCGAAGCGCGAGAGCGGUGUUUUCUUCUGUCAGACCCCGGUGAAGGUGGAGAGUUCAGCUGGAGUCGUCUCUAUUCCCCUCCACUCUUCAUCUCCCGUCAUGC